AUGGCGGACGAGGGUGCGGGGGGCCUGGAAACCGCCGCGCGCCCGGUCACCGCGUCUGGGGCCCAAGAGGCUGGGGGUCGCGGGUAUCCCGACCCCGCAGCCCGCCCAGGGACCGCCCUGCCUGCCCCGGAGGGCCGGGAAGCGGCCUCCGCGGCCACUGGCCUGAGCCCAGAAAACGGUCUUUUCGGGGACGGGGCCCGAGAAACCUGUGGCGCAGAAGGGUGGGAGGCUCGGGCUGGAGCCGGCGAGAAGGCAGAGGAAGUGACGACUGGGGAGGGCGCCAUCUUCAUGGAGGAGGCGGAGCGGGAGGUGGGGAAGCAGCAUGUGGGAGAGGAGAUGGAGGUGGCCGAGAAGCUGGUGCAGGGGGAGAAGCUGGAGGUGGGAGCGGAGGCGCAGCAAGGCCCGGGGCCCCUGAACUUUGGUGGCCCAGUUGUGGACCCGCUGGAAGCCAUCCAGUGGGAGCUGGAGGCCGUGAGUGCCCAGGCGGACAGGGCCUACCUGCGCCUGGAGCGCAGGUUUGGGCGCAUGCACCGGUUGCACCUAGCCCGAAGGAGCUUCAUCCUCCAGAAUAUUCCUGGCUUCUGGGUCACCGCCUUCCUGAACCACCCGCAGCUGUCAGGCAUGAUCAGCCCCCGAGGCGAAGACAUGCUCUGCUACCUGAUGAAUUUGGAGGUGAGGGAGCACAGGCACGCCAGGACGGGCUGCAAGUUCAAGUUCAGUUUUUGGAGUAACCCCUACUUCCGGAACAAGGUGAUAGUGAAGAAGUAUGAGUGCAGAUCCUCAGGCCGGGUGGUGUCAAUCGCAAGUCGCAUUCGCUGGCACUGGGGCCAGGAACCUCCAACUCUGGUACACAGGAACCGGGACACCGUCCGCAGCUUCUUCAGCUGGUUCUCACAGCACAGCCUCGCGGAGCCCGACAGGGUUACCCAGAUUAUUAAAGAGGACCUGUGGCCCAACCCCCUGCAGUACUACCUGCUCUGGGAUAGGCCCCACAGAGCCAGGCAAGGCCUAGCAAGGUGGCCCACAGAGGCCCCUCCUAGGCCCUAUGGGUUCCAGUCUCGCUAAGUCCUGCCCUGGGACCUGGCCCCUACGCAAGACUCCUUUCUGCCUCCUGGGGACCUGUGCUUAGGCCAGCCAUGGCACUCUGCUGUCUGCUUUCUGUUCCAUGUACUCUGAGCCCUUUGGACUUCAGUGGACUCAGCUCCGAGAUUGUGGCCUUCAUGGCCACGCUCUUCUGUUUCCACGUAGGCUCCAUGCAUCACAUGACUGUCACAUGCCACAGUGUCUACCCAAGCACCCAGCACUGUGGACAGGUACUACCAUCAUCUUCAUGGCCUGGACCUGUCUGAUCAUGGCCUUCCACCCAUUUUUUACAUGUGCACCCACAGGUCAUCACUAGGAGGACCAGUGCCUCUUUGAGGCCUACUCCUUCAAGGCCACAGCAUGCCGGGCUUCAUAUUUAUGCUGACCCCACACCUGUCUGUGGCAUGCUGAGUCUUGUCACCCAAGAGGAAGUGGGUGCACUUGCUCAGCCAGACUUGGACAUUCCAGGACCUCAGGACCACAGGCCAGGCUAGUGGACUGUUGGGCAUCUAGCAGAAUGGGCAUGGGGUGAGGUCAAGGACAUGAAGCAGUGGGCAAUGCAUUCUUUGUGAUCACACUGCUCUUCUUACCCCUGUGCGGGUCCUACAUCCCGACCUGCUACUGACUUGUGACGGUCUGUGUCCUACCUGUGUCUGGUCAUCGCCCUUCUCGUGAGUUUCACCCACGUUGCCAGCGACCUUGUUGCCUGCUCCCAGGUCUAUAAGGACCUCAAGAACUGCCUGUGAACCCAGGUGGGCCACCUGCCAAUGCACAAGAGUUCCCAAACCCCCAGGAACUCUGCCACACUGGCAUAUCUGGGCAUGCACUUAAGGCAGGGGCAGUAAUGGGGUCCCUUCCAGAAGCCUACCUUCCUGAGCACCAGUCACUGGACUCACACAGAACCCAACUCCACUGUCUCCACUUGUUUUUAGGCUGCCAGCAUGGGGGCGCUGGAGAGGGGGUGUUUCUGGUCAUGAGGCCUUUCUCCACCUGCUGAGAUCUCACAUGUUUCUUUUUAUUUUCUCUAAAGUGAUAGCUCAGAAACAAAAUAACUGAAGAAGUAGGGUUUUUUACAAACAGCUGAGGAG